ACAAGCAUGGCGGCGCAGUUUCCCAGUGUUAUGAAAGCCUGUGUGUGAAAUGUUGGAUAACGCGGCGCCUUCCCUGCUCUUACACAACACCAUGCGGACAGGGGAGACACUUCCGCUGGCCGGCUAGCAGCAGCCGUGGGCAGAGGAGAAAACAAAACGCAUUUUCAUUCAGAAAAGAGGCAGAAGACGCCAUGGCGAAGCGGAAAGAGAGUGCAGAGACUGAGGCCGACACCAAGAAGCUGCGGCAGGGGGCAAAGGCCAAGAGCAGGGCGGCGAGACCCAGAGCCAGGAGGGAGCCAGGGAACGGCAUCGCAGAGGAAGAGGAGAAGCUGGAGAGGAAGGUCAAACCCAAAGUGCGUUCCUCCUCCAAGCCAGCGGGCGUCCCCGCGGCCCUCGUCUCCAGUAAGUACUUCCACUCACCAGUGAAGGAGGAGGAAGAGUCCGAUGAUGAUGACUUUGACGACUUUGACUUGGUGACCACACCACCGCCCGCUGUUAAAGCGGAGGCCGUGAAGAAGACAGUGAAGGAGGAGGAAGAGGAUGAAGAUGAGAGCGAGGAGGACGACUGGGAGGAAGUGGAAGAGCUGGCUGAGCCUCUGGGUCCAGUUGAACCACCAGAACCCGUCCUGCCCUCUCAGCCGGUGGAGAUCGAGAUCGAGACUCCAGACAUCAUGCAUAAGAGACAGAGAAGGGAGAAGAGGAAGGCGGAGUUUGAGGCGUACCUGAGGCGAAUGGUGAACCGCUUCAACAAGGACCUGCUGAUGGACACACACAAGGUCCACCUGAUGUGCCUGAUAGCCAAUGGGAUGUUCCGGAACCGCGUGUGCAGCGAACCGGACCUGCUGGCCGUCACGCUGUCGCUGCUGCCCGUCCACUUCACCAAGGUGGCCAAGGGGCGCAUCGACCAAAACUACCUGUCUGGACUGCUCAAAUGGUUCGGAGCCACGUUCACCCUGAACCCCAGCCUUCCCUGCGAGGAGCGCCCGGACCUCAGGGCGCUGCUGGAGAGACGGCUGGCCAGCCUGUCGGCCAAGAACCACCAGGAGAUGACGCACCUCUUCCUGUUGGUGCUGAGGUCUCUGCAGCUCUUCUGCCGCCUGGUUCUCUCCCUGCAGCCGGUUUCUCUCAAGCUCCCACCGGCCAAGGGAAAAGGGGCGAAACCCACCGCUGAGCCCCAAGGAAAGACCCAGACCGGCCAGGAAGCCUCCAGGAGCAGCCCGCCUGAGCCCAAAGUGUCCCCUGGCACCAAGAGACCCGCUGGAGAGGGAGGAGCCAAGGGAGGAAGAGGAGGAAAGAAAGCUAAGAAGAAGGAGGUAAAAGAGGAAGACGAGGAGGAGGAGGUGGAGAAGAGCGCAAAGGCAGGAGGGCAGAAACCGAAGAACGCCAAACGUCGCAGCGUCGCUUCGAAAGUCAGCUACAAGGAGGAGAGCAACAGCGAGGGGGAUGAGGAGGAGGCGGGAGGGCUGAGCGAGGAAGAGUUUCAGGCGAGCGGUGAGGAGGAGAGCGAGGACUCAGAGGGCGGGGCCAAAUCCAGGAGGGGGAAGAACGGGAAAGGAAAGAGCAAAGCCAAAACGAGCAGCAAAAAUGGCAGCAACACGGCUCCAAAGAGAAGGAGCGGCGGAGGGAAAAAGAAGGCGAAGAACGACGAGGAGGAGGAUGAGGAGUGGGAGGGGGAGGAAGGAGGUGAUGAGGAAGAAGAAGAAGGAGGAGGAGGAGGAGGGACGAGCAAAGGAACAAAGCGAAGGAGCGGGAGGAAGCGAGACGGGCCGGGGGCGGACGAGUGGCUGGAGGUGUAUCUGGACAAAAGCUCCUGCUGGGUGUGUGUGGACGUGGAGCACGGCGUCGGGCUGCCGCUGCUCUGCUCCCAGAAUGCAACGGCGCCGGUGACGUACGUGGUGUCGGUGGACGGCGACGGGUUCCUGAAGGACCUGGGCAGGAAGUACGACCCCACCUGGAUGACGUCGUCCAGGAAGAGACGAGUGGACGACGACUGGUGGGAGGAGACGCUGGAGCCCUUCCUGGGACCCGAAGACGAGAGGGACAUGAAGGAGGACAAAGAGCUCCAUGCCAAGCUGCUGGACAAGCCUCUGCCGACCUCCAUAGCCGAGUACAAGAACCAUCCUCUGUACGCCCUGACGAGACACCUGCUGAAGUACGAGGCCCUGUACCCCGCCACCGCCGCCGUCCUGGGAUACUGCAGGGGCGAGCCGGUCUACUCCAGAGACUGUGUCCACACGCUGCACUCCAGAGACACAUGGCUGAAAGAGGCUCGCACCGUCAGGCUGGGAGAGGAGCCGUACAAAAUGGUGAGAGGUUUUUCUAAUCGAUCCCGGAAGGCGAGGAUGAUGUCGGAGCAGAAGGACGAGAAGGACCUGCCGCUGUUUGGAGAAUGGCAGACCGAGGAGUACCAGCCGCCAGUCGCCGUGGACGGGAAGGUUCCCCGGAACGACUACGGUAACGUCUACCUGUUCAAGCCCUGCAUGUUACCGGUGGGCUGCGUUCACCUGCGGCUGCCCAACCUGCACCGCGUGGCCAGGAAGCUCGACCUCGACGCUGCACCCGCCGUCACCGGCUUCGACUUCCACGGAGGAUACUCGCACGCCGUGACUGAUGGGUACAUUGUGUGUGAGGAGCAUGAGGAGCUUCUCAGAGCCGCCUGGGUGGAGGAGCAGGAGGUCCAGAAACAGAAGGAGAAAGAGAAACAAGAGAAGAGGGCAAUCGCCAACUGGACUCUCCUGGUGAAGGGUCUUCUGAUCAGAGAGCGGCUCCAGCGGCGCUACGGCAAGAAGAACCAGGGUCCCGGCGGGCUGAUUCACACCCAGGACAGAGAGGGCGCCGGCGCGCUGUCGUCGGAUGAGGAGGCGGGUGAGGGGGGUGGAGCACCUGGAGCUAAGACAGCAGCUGAAACUCUGGCCAUGUCCUGGCCCCAGAACAGACAGGACGAACAACAAGAGGAUGGAAAGAGCGCCAGCGGACUGAAGAAGAAGACGACCAAACGCGAGAAGAGAGGGCAGGAGAAACACUUGUUCCCCUUUGAGAAAGUAUGAUAUCGGAGAUCAAAAAAAAAAAAGCAAAAGCUUGGCGCAAGACUAAUGUGUUUGUGCUCGGUGUGAAGGCAAACAUCUCCUGUUCAAAGGCUUGUUCACAUGCCAGACGUUGUGGAAGCGGCUCCAAAGCUCUGCAGCACUUGGGUUCAGUUCAGUCACAGGUUCAAACAGGCCCAGGGAAACCAAGAGCUUGAUUACACAAUCACUUAGAGUUUGAAAAAAAAAAAAAAAAAAAAAAAGACAACUCGAUUAACUGUUUCUUGCAACUGAUAUUUACUUUG